AUGUUGAAUUGUUAUCCCAGGGCAUACGAAUUAUGGACAGAAGAAUUUCUUAUUUCUGAAUAUGGAAAUCUGACUGUGCGGCUUGAAUCACGAGCUGAAAGUAAUGACAGAAUACCAUCUGGAGAAACAGGAAUUCUAGGUCGUGACACCGUCAGACAUUUUAUACAAAACUACCAGACAAGAGAUGCUUAUGUGAUCUCACAGGUUCCUCAGCCUAUGGAAAGAGACAUAGGAAUUCCAGCAUGUUUAAGGUAACUUUCACCAAGUUCCAACCUUUACUAAGCUUGUGAAUAUACAGCCAUCCUUGCUCCUUGGGACAUGUGCAUCUCAAUGACACAAAUUGCAUGCUGAUGACAUAUUUAUCAAACUGUUUAUUUGGUUAUUAAAAUGUAAUUUAACUUUAAAGUUAACCAUGAAGAGCUUAGUGGUCAAGCAGUCCACAAGCUUAGCGGUCAAGCGGUUCAUAAGCUUGGCGGUCAAGCGGUUCACAAGCGUAGCGGUUUAGCCAUCCACAAGCUUAGUGGUCCAACAGUUAAACGGUCAAGUGGUCUACAAGCUUAGCGGCCAAGCAGCCCACGAAUUAGUGGGCAUCCAGUGGUCAAUCCCAUGAGUGCAUGCUCACAUGGAAUGUGAUAGCUUUGUACACUGCUAGGAUGUGCGAGUUCCUCAUUGAGCAUUUGUGCAAUUUUCUGUGGAGUGGUUCAUUUGCUAAAUUUUAGCGUCUUCCCCCCGCCCAUCCCUUAUUAAAUGUUUCAUCAGUGUGAUAGGUGCCUGGAAUGGGGGCUCAUGGCUUGGUUUCAGGGAUUUGCCAGCCAUGGGGGUAGUAUUCUAUCUGGGGGCUGGCUGGCCACAGUCAAGCCCCUGGGUAUCCCAGGCACCCACCUUCCACUUAAGGGAGGCAGUUGGUUAAACACAGUUAAUCUAGUAGUCAUGGGGUUCCAAAAUAUAUAAAAUUUGUGUGAGUUUAUGCAUCUCCUGUAUGACUGUGCAUGUGGUUGAUGCUGUGAAAAAGUCAAGAAAAUGUUUUGCUUUUGUGAGUCUAUACCACUGUAAGUUUUGAGUGACAUGUCUGGCUGCAUUGCAAGGAAGCUGAAGGUCACUCAAUAAAUUUAAAAGUUAUUAAACUUUAAUUCUCUUUACCUUGCAGAUGUGGUUCUUUUGUUGAAGCCCUCCAAGAGGUUCACCUUUUCCUUUCAGCCCGUGGAGGCCAAACAAAGCUUCAUCAGGAUCCAUACAGUAAUAUACAUUGUGUAUUUAACGGUACCAAAGAUUGGCUACUAGUUCAUCCAGACCAGACAAAUCUUGUUUACAUGUCAGACGAUUCUGCAUUUGAGUGGGGAGGAUAUUCAGAGAUUGAUGUUGAUUCUGUUGACCUAGAAUUGUUUCCAUUAAUUAAGGAUGUGCAUUACUCGAAAGUAACAAUGAGUAAAGGUGACUGCAUCUUCAUGCCUGGAGGUGAGCUUAAACUUUCAAUAAAUGCAGUAUUAUGGUUGUAUCAGUGAACAGUUUUUUGUCAUACUUAGACACUUGUCUACUUGUUAACUAAAUUAAUGCAAGAGUAUUAAUUCUACCUUAAGCUUCACUCCGUUUGCUUCAAUUACAAGUUUAUAUUUCAUCAUAUUUUCAGGAGAUAACUUGAUCCCUUGUAUUACUGGAAAUUAAGGGUGCAGCAAUCAACUGAAAUCAUACUGUCAUAUCAAGAGUAUCAUCUUCAUAUUUUUGAUCUGUUAUAAUGAGAACCAAAAUUCAAAAGUGGACUAACUCUUUUCUUUCACAAUUUUUUUUUUUUAAAAAAGCAGAAACAAAAACAAAAACAAAAAAAUCCAGGGUGCGCAGCAUAUGAUUUCUAUGAAACUUUCUAGUCACCCAGAAGCAAACAUCAAGCACCAGGGGCUAACAAAAUUAAAUUUCAGUGGAGAUGUGACUGUAGUAUUUCAGUGGAGAAAUGAUUGUAGUCUAAAGGUUUCAGGGACUAAAUUAAUGGAUAAUUAGAGGAAACAAAAUUUUAUUAUUUUGUCUUCCUUACAGGUUACUGGCAUCAAGUUCGCUCUUGGGGGCACAUGAAUUCUGCUGUUUCAAUUUGGUUUUCACAAGUGAAGCAUUUUACAGACCAAGGCUGUGACCAAGCAAAGAUUGACUUCACGCCAAUGAAUCAAGUGAUGGUGCUAUGGCGCUUUUCUGGGCAUGGCAAUCUUAGUCAAGGCCACAUGGAUAUCCACAUUGUUAAGAGAUUUCUGUUGAUGCUGGCUGACAGUGAGGGAAAAAUAUGGUUGAAUGAUUUUGUAGCAAAGUACCUUAAUAGUGAAAGUGAUGUUAAAAGAGAUGUGAUGAGGGAAGAUGAAAGGGAAAGACAAAAACAGGUAAUUCAUCAAAACCCUACUGAUGAAUUUUUUUUCUCUUUGACCAGGGGUGGGAUGAACCUUGCAAUAUUAUUAAAAAAAGAAACAUGACAAUAAUGUUACGAAAAUCACUCAAGACUAAAGGCAGCUAAGUGUUCUCAACCACAGGAAAAUGGCUGUUGCACCCAAUUUUUAGUUAUCGUUUAAACUGAUAAAUACUAUUAAUAUUGCAUGCAUGACAAGUGCAAAAAUGAGGAUAAUCCAAGUGCUUUUUUUCAUUGGGUAUCUGUUGUAGUUAAUUUUUUAAUAUCUCAGGAAAUUUUUCUUUUUCUUUUGUUUCAACUGCAUGCAUUAGCUACAUUACCAUACCCAAAAACAAGAGAAUAAAAAUUAUCUGAGAUAAAAAAAUUAGCUACGACAUAUCCAGUAUGCAUGAAAUCAAUAAUUUGCUAACUUGGGAUCCAUAUGGAUGAAAGCUAGGAUACGUUAGAGGUCAAUUAAUAACUGAUUUCAAGUUAAAAUUUUUUAACCUAAAGGUUGAUUCUCAUUUCCCUUUGUCCUCUUGGGCUAGGAGACAAAGGAUUUAACUUAGAAUCAACCUGCAGGUUACAUUACUCCACUGCAGUUUAUGUUAUUGGCAACAUAGUGUUCAAGAUAGUGAUUGUCAGUCAGUUUCAUUGCAUGACGUUGCCGUGUUCAAAGCUAUCCAUUGAUGUUAGAAACCCUUUCACUGCUUGCAGAAUCUGCUGGCUGUUAUGUAUUUAUUCUUAAUUUUUAUCUCAUUGCAGCUAGUUGAUUACUUAGAUCCUGAUGGUAAAGGCUUUGUCACUGAAGAGUAUGUGCAGAACCUUUCUGUUGAUCAGAUGAAGGAAGUCUUGUUGUUUAUUGACCCUACUGAUGUCUCAAAUACUGAAGAACUUGAGUACAGCCACAUUGAUGCAGGUUACAUUGAGUGAGUGGUAUUUUGAAAAGAAUAUUAAUUACAGAUUGUAGUAAUAAUAAAGCCAGCCAUAAGGGAGGUAGCUGGAUGGGCAGUCAGUCUGGUAGUAAGUCAGAGUCUGUCAUAGUCGUUAAACUGAUGUACUGCACUGUAGCCUGUUAAUACACUUGUAAGCAUAAUUUCCACUUGAGGGAAUGAUCUGCCCCCUCUCACUUGUGAGUUACACAAAGAUCAUUUUUGCUCACCACUUGAAAAGGAGAGCUUACUCUCAAGCUGUAAAUGAUUAGGCAGUUCACUGGUCUGUCAAACAGCUAGCAGUCAAGCCAGCCUGGUUAGUCAUUCUGUUCAUCAGUGCGAGUGAGUCAGUUGGUCAGACAGCCAAAGGAAAAGGAAGGAAAAAGGACAAGUUAGAACUACAAGUUGUUAAUGAGGCAGUCAGACAGCCAGUCAGGUAAUUCUGAUCAAUAAUUUGUCACUCAUUUACAGGUAGUCAGUCAAUCAAACAAGCCAAGUUAACCAGUAAAUAAGUUGAUUAAAAAUACAGUACUGUUCCAAUUACUUACAGAGAUCUAUUGGCCCAGUGCUAUAAUAAAAGAGGAAUCUUUGAUAAAGACAAGUUUAUGUCAAGUUAUGUUCAGGUAAGGGAAGAGAAUGCUUUUCUCAGAUAAUGGUGUCUUGCAUAGAUGCAUCUUUUAUCUUAUAAUAGAUGUGGGGAUUUUGAUGUAAAGUUUUAAUUCACCUCUCUUGCCCAACAAGUUAAGCAUGCAAACAUCACAUCUGUAUUAAAAAUAUGUGCACAAAUGAAGGCAUCUGUUAAGAACACAAAGAACAGCAUGAACAAGAACAUCCUUAAAACAGAAAUUUAAUGUCCCUAUUACUUAAACCAAAGGUCCUGUCUUAAGUUAGCUUGAGAUCAUGCCCUCUCCCUAUCCCCCUAAAAGAAGUAGGCAUUGAAGCCUCUGUUUGUGGGUGUUAUACAGUCAUGUAAUGGAGUGUAAAUUUUAUGUUGUAGUUGAACUGUUUUAUUUAUAUCUUGCUAAAUCUCAUUAGGAUCUUGGAGGAACUCAUAGAAAAGCCCUUGAGGUUAGUAAAUGGUUUUCUCAACGUUUGCAACUUUUAUAUGGUGAUCAUUACUCUGAAUUUUACUGGACAGUAUAUGAAUAGCAAGGUUCAUUUCUAACAAAAUUGUGGUGCUACAUCAGUGAGGGAGUGAAACACAAAACUUAAAUUUAAGCAACUGAGUUGAUGAAGUCUAAUAUUCCACAGCCUGCUCCACGGACAAUCAGUACAUCUGCAAGCCAGCACCAAAAUCCUUACUCUGGGCCCCAAUUAUCAGUGUACUACACAGGAAAAAAUAACGGAUUCCCAGUUUUGGAUAUUUUUGGGUAUUUAAAGAAUACCCAUAAAAAUCCCAAAUUUGGCUAAGUGAGACAAGUCCCAACCAGGGAAUUCCCAACCAAGUUCCCAGACUGGGACUUGUCUCACUCUUCCAAAUUUGGGAUUUUUGUGGGUAUUCUUUAACUACCCAAAAAUGGGAAUCCGUUAUUUUUUCCUGUGCUAGGAUUUGAGGACAUGCCAUGGUUGGCCUGUUAAAAAAGCCAUUGCUCAAUUAAUUGGCCAAUCAGGUUGAAGGAAAAUUUGAACACACUUCUGGUAAUUCAUUGAGUCUCAGUUGGGGGCCCAGAACAAAGAUCUCCACAUCGCUUCACAGAUUUUUAACCUGGGUUAAAAUAAAUUACAUCUACCAGUGACUGUACCACUGACAUUCAGAAGCUGAUAGCAGAAGGCUACACUGAACUUAUAAGGCUGUGUUAUUAUGCUAUACCAACCACAUUACACAUAAGAACAAUAAUUUCGGCACAGUGUUUUAAGUGGAUCAUCACACAUCAGAUAGGUUUCUGUGUCACUCUUUGCAGCAAUGUAAACAGGUAUUUACAGUGGCAGGGAAGUGCAUGAGAAGGAGUGGGGACUGGAACCCACUGAGAUGAACAUAAAUUAAUAUUCAGGAGCUGUGGGGAUUGGGAUUUAAUUUAGUAAACCAAACCCUCUUGGCCAGCCACUUCGGUGUUCUAGUUGUGGCCCUGGUUCCUGAUAGGCCAAUAAGCAAUAAUCCAGGAUUACAAAUUUUGUUCCACCUUUUGUAUUUAUCUUCCCAUGCAUUGCUUAGAGUAACAUUCUACAUGUAUGUUAUGAUCACUGAAUCUUGGAGUAAAGACACAACAGUAUUUUGUACGCUGUAGUGACAUGUUCUUAGACAAGAAAACCUUGCUUGAAAUUUGGCUUAACCCUGGGUUACAUUUAACCAUCUUUCAGAGAACCGGGCCCUGGGGUUGUAUCUGUUUAUACUGGCCCAGAGUACUAUUUUUUCUUGUCAACUUGACUAUUAUAGUGUAGACAUAAAACCUACGUGCUCAAAACAUUACCUUUGACCUUUGAAUUGUCAUUUCAAUUACUGGUUAAUCUCAUGGCUAUUAUUUUGCCUACAGAUUGUCGAGAGUCUUGGAGCAGCUAACAAAGAGGUUUCUCUGGCUUCAAUAUUGCCAUUAAUCCCACAAGCUUUGUACAAGUUUCACAGUUCAAGAGUACAUGACCCAACUUUUGAACGGAAAAUGUAUCAACAUUUACGUGAACACGACGAACUUUAA